UUGAACCCCAGUGGACAAUUCUCUGUAGAUGGAGUAAGUUCACGGGCAGCCUUACUGGAAGCUUGAGCUUUACUUGAAGGCGGUGACCCAAACGGACGAUUUGCCGGAACAUCGAAAGAACCUCAACGCCAGCUCCGUCACAUCGUCUCCUCUCGUAUUAUUCUACACUCUCAAACCACCAUCAUGGCUCGGAACCCAAGGGAACAGUGGGAGAGACUCCAAGUGAUUCUACAGAACCGCGGAAGCCGUGGAGGGUUUGGCUUCGGCGGUUUCCCCUCCGGUGGGGGUCGUGGUGGCUUGGGGCUGUCGGGAGCUCUGCUCUUGCUCGGUGUUGGUGGAUGGGCUCUAUCAAACUCCCUCUUUAACGUCGACGGUGGUCACCGUGCAAUCAAAUACUCGAGAAUAGGUGGUGUUCAGAAAGAGAUCUACAGUGAAGGUACUCACAUCAGGAUUCCAUGGGUCGAAACACCGGUUAUCUAUGACGUGCGCGCGAAGCCGCGGAACAUCGCUUCCCUCACUGGUACCAAGGACCUGCAGAUGGUGAACAUCACCUGCCGUGUUCUGUCGAGGCCCCGAGUGGAUGCUCUUCCGCAGAUCUACCGUACCCUCGGACAGGACUUCGAUGAGCGGGUCCUCCCUUCGAUUGUCAACGAGGUCUUGAAGAGCGUAGUUGCGCAGUUCAACGCUAGCCAACUUAUCACCCAGCGCGAGAAUGUCGCCAGGAUGGUUCGGGAUAGCCUCGCUCGCCGAGCCGCUCGCUUCAACAUUGCUCUGGACGAUGUGUCGCUUACGCACUUAACCUUCUCCCCUGAAUUCACUGCCGCUGUCGAAGCCAAGCAAGUCGCCCAGCAGGAAGCCCAGCGUGCUGCUUUCCUGGUCGACAAGGCCCGCCAAGAGAAGCAAGCCUUCAUUGUCCGCGCCCAGGGUGAGGCUCGUUCCGCCGAACUCAUUGGUGAUGCCAUCAAGAAGAGCAAGAGUUACAUCGAGCUGCGUAAGAUCGAGAAUGCUCGUCAAAUUGCCCAGAUUCUCCAGGAGAACGGUGGCAAGAACAAACUCUACCUGGAUUCCCAGGGUCUGGGUCUGAACGUCAACGCCAGCGUCGAAGACUCGAAAUAAGAAAUUCUCUCUGGAAAGGAAUAAUGACUAAGACGGCUCCCCGCAGAUGAAGUUUCUGAGGAAGCCUAGCUUCGCUAUUAUAUUCAAUUGAUUUCAUCGGCCUUCAUUCGUACUGGCGCUAUUGAUGUCGCUUUGGAAUGGACGAUCGGGGUGUGGGAUAAGGUAUCUGUACAAAUAGUUUCGAGUGUUUUUUAGGAUUCUCAAAGCAAUCGGGCGAAAUGUUUCUCUUCUCUUUCAAUAUGAUCUGACUACGAAAUGCAAUAAUCAUCCUGACCUUGUUCCCUUGGUAGAUGACCUGGCGUUGAGUCUCUAUCUAUGCUGCGCGGAAUGCGAUUUCAUU